UCGAGCGUUUCGCGUCGAAAAUUCUCGCGAUCGCGCAUUCAAUUCGCCUUUCACUGAAUCACGUCGAUAUAAGGAAACGUGCGUCGGUGUGAUUAUACCCAAUAUCAUUACGUAUCAACAUAAUUAAUGAGUUAUUAAUUAUUAUAAUCCGGGAAGCCACUACAGUAGUGCAUUAGAAAGGCCUCAUCUUUGUUAUUAUUUCACCCUUUGACAUGCACGAAAAAUUUCUUGUUCAAGGGUUGUAAAAAUUGCCCAACAAAAUACCUGAAUUUGUAAGGGCUGAUAGCCCUUACAAGCAUUAGUAGUGUGCCAGUCAGUCGGACUGAUUGGUCAAUUAAUCGUUGAAAAAAAACAACCGUAAAAAGAAAGGAAAAAAAGUUUGAGGUUAUCCCUUUCUCUGAAGGGAUGAAUUGUGGAAUAUUCUACUUCAUAUAUCAACUCUAUUCGUCAACUUAAGAAGCUUGUUCACUGCGACUACAACGACUUUUAAUAUUAGCUUUAGUAGUUUUAUUCAAUAAUAACAGUCUUAAAAGCAGUUUUUAACGCACAAGAGAAUCGUACUUUCGGAGUUGUUAAUUUUUUAUCGCAUUAUCGUUUAUAUUGUUUAAAACCGCUCGAAAUAUCAAAUUGUCAACGCUUCUAUUUUGAAUAUAACGAAUAGAAAUAUAUAGACAAAUCUGGAAAGAGGAAGAAAGAAGGAGGAAGAGUGGGAGGGAGAGGAAAAGGCAAAGAAAAUUUUGUUGCCUUUUGUGACGAAUGGUCAGUAUAUUGGAAUCCUUCUUUGAGGACGGUUGUAUUCUUCAAAAAGCUUUUGUAUGUGUAGUCAAGUGAAAAGUUGCCGUCGAGAAAAGCACGUUGAGUCUGCGAUUCUGAUCUCGAUUUUAUUUCGACGAACGGGAGUGUGCGCGCCGCGCUUACGAUUGGACGUGUGUGCGUAUGUGUUCUGUGAACUACUGUACGUGCAAGAAGGUUACAGCAUGACAUCACAGGAGCAGCCAUUACUACACUUUAAUACUUCGUUCUCCAAGAUGGGAAGAGUAGUAACGCAUUUUACUCCACUACAAAGAAAACGCUAUUCGAGACAUCUACAUUUCAACGGGGGCGUAUCGACAGUAACGUCAACGACGUCAUCGUCGUUGCCAUCGUCGACAGUAACGUCGAAUGAGACCGGGCUGGACUUUUCAUGCACACGUACGACUUUUCCGUGCGCGGAGCAACAACACUCCAAGAAACAUCAUAUCCGAGAAUGGCGAUUAAACAACAUAAAGACAACGUGCGAGCACAAUCGGCACCACGAAGUAUGCGCCAUAAUAGUGAGCUGGAAAAAGGAAAAAAGGACGGAGAAGAGAAAACGCGGGUCAGAGCGUGGGAGGAGACGAGCCGAAAAAAAAGCAUGCAGGAACAAAUGAGAAAGACGGAAGGGACGAGUAGGUGGAGUAGAAACUGUAGGUACAUAGCGUAGACAGGAGGGAAAGACGUAAUAGGGCGUAGAGAGAGGACGGACGGAUAGGAGCGAAAGAAACGGUCUGUACGAGGAGGCUACGAAGGGCAUCGUGAAGAAAGGCCAGAGGGACGGACUAGGAAGGAACCGAUAGUAUAGACCGUGCGGUCAUCCCUGUGGUUGUCGCUCCAUUCUUACGUAUUACGCGCACGAACUCGAGCUGGCUCACGUAUUACACCAUUGCCGAGACAAGGAGCACCUUAUUCCGGCACGUCGGAGUGACGAGAACGGACACUGUGCAUAGGAGCUGGACUGAUGUAUGCGUCUUCGCGUAUGCUAGAACGGCCUCGAGAGAAAGAGAAAGAAAGAGAAAGAGGGAGAGAGAAGGAAGGCGCGCACGCGUGCGUAUGUAUGUAUAUAUGUGCGUGUGUUGUGUGGAGGGUGCGAGACAACGCGUCUGAAGGAGAGAGGGCGAGGUAGAACGGAGAGAGGGAUGAGAGAGGAGGAGAGAGACAGGAAGACAGCAAGGGAGAAUCGCGCUCCGAUAAAACGGACAGAGACCGACUGAGAGUGUGUUCUUAUCACGACGUGCUUAUGCAUGUACUCAAGCAAUACAUGCAAACAGCACAUGCACGCGGCCAGGCACGCAUAUGCACGCGCACAGACGCGCGAUCGUUUGUGCAGUACAGACACAAAGUGAGCGACACCUCACCAACGAGACCUAGGCAAGAGAGCUAUUUGUAAUGCAAUAGUGAGAGCAUUAGUGGGGAAAGGAAGAGUGGAGGAAGGUGGUGGUAGGUGGAGUGCUUAUGGUGGGGGAGAAAGAGCAAGAAAGGGAGAACAGGAGAUAGAUGGACGUGGAGAGCGAGAAAGAGAGAGGAAGAAGUCGGGGGACAGGAGAGAGAUAGGAAGAAUUGAGGGGGAAGGGGAGAGACAGAGAGAGAGAG